CACACCCAGUCGAAAAAGAGCCGUGUCUGACAUCGUCCCUGCAUUGAAAGAAAAGAAGGAAUAACAAAGCCAUAGAAAGAGGAGGACUAGAGAUAAUACAUGCAAAUGAGGAGCUGCAUCAGUAGUUGGAGACAGAAAUUCAUUGUGUGCGUGUGUGUGAGGGCAGGCAUAGCACAGUGACUGGUGCUGCUGAGCACCAAUCGCUCUGUCUUCUGUCUGUAAACCCCCUGUAGCUUGGCACCAUCCAGCCAGGCGCGGACGGAAGGAGGCUUUCCAGGGCUUUUUUAUUUGGGAUUUGUAUGAAUAUGAGAGGAUUUGGAAAACGCCGCCACCACUGCCACCGCUGUUCUUUUUCAUAGCCUGUGUGAAAUGUGGAGAUCCAUCCAGUUUGCCUCGUUCCCCUCCCUGCAUGGCUGUCAUGGUCCUGACAGAGAAUAAGGGCAUCACCCGGACAUGAGGUUCCGGUUGACCGCAUCACGCACACUCCAGAAUGGGGGCCAAACAGAUGAAAUGGGAGAGACUGUUGUCCUACCUGGCCAGGCGGCUCACCUCACUCCUGUAGUCUGUCUUGUCCCCGUUGCUGAUGAGACCCACCACAGCUGUAUGUCGGUGUGCUGUCAUGGGUCAGCAGCGUGAAGAGGAGGGGACUCAACACACAACCUUGAGAGGCAAAACUGGUAGGGAUCCAAGAAGGGGGGGGGGGAAGGAGGACUUGAGGUGUGCAUGACCCGAAGCACGUUAUCAGGAUGGGAGUGAGCGCUACCGGACGGUAGUCAUCGAGGCAGGAGGGAGACGACUUCCCUCGGGACCGGGAUGAUGGUGGUGGCUUUGAAGCACGUGGGGACAGCAAGCACCCUGACUCAAGGAGGUGUUAAAGAUGUCCGUGAAGACAUCUGUGAGUUCAGCUGCACAGUCCCUCAGAACAUGACCAGCCUCAGCUCAGCUAGCCCUGUGCGCUCCCCCAAAGAGGAGUAUGCUGUCACCCGCUCCAGCGAUACGCUUGGAGACGAAACCAUUCGCGAUCAGCCCAAGGAGCAGCGGGGAGGACCAUGCAACACCGAAUCAGAGCUGACAGACAAGAACCUGGCAGAGGAGAUGUCUCUCUGUGGGCUGUGCCCCUCCCUUGGUCAUGAUGUGCCAGAGGAAGACAAGUCCUGGGAGGAGCAGCUGGACGUCCACCAGGAGCAGCUGGAGAAGGAAAUGCACGAGGCCAGAAGGAUGGUGUUCCGCCUUCAGGCUUUGCUCCUCAACGGCUCACUCCCAGAGGACGACCACGGUGGAUCUGUGAGCUUCGGAGACAACCGGGCUAAUGGCGAGCAGCAGCUGGUUCUCACACGCAGCCGCCUGGACCAAAGCAUGGAGGAGGCCCUUGAUCUCAAGAGGGAACUUCUGAGACACAAACAGGAUGUGCGCCACAUUCAGGCCAUCAAGGAUGCCCUGCAGCAGCGGCUGUCCGUGCAGGAGGACGCCGUGCUGCAGCUAAAGCAGGAGCUACUGAGGAGCAACAUGGCCAAAGAUCAGUUGGAAGGAGAAAAUGCAGUGCUCAAAGACAACCUGAGCGAACGCAACAAAUUGCUGGGCGAAUAUGAGCAGCAACUCGGGAGGAAGGACAGAAUGCUGCAGCAGCUAAAGCAAGACGAGGCUCAGCACAAAGCGCAUGACGUUGGCCACCACCGGUCAUUCAGGAGUGAAGGUGGUUACAGCAGCUCUCCUCUGGCAUUCCAACACAGUGCACCUAGCGAGGAGCUGCAGCUGGUGAGGGAAGCCCUGCGUAGUCUGAGGGACAACUUUUCCGGCCACGAUCCCCAGCAUCACACCCUGGACACCCUGGAGCAAGGCGUGUCCAGCCUCAUGGACCGCCUGCACUUGUCGGACACCCAGCGACAGCAGAACAGAGGGGAGGAAUUUAAAUCGCCUGGCCGCAGAGCCAACUCAUCAGACCGAGACUCGUGGCCACAGACCUCAAAAAUGGCACACUCUCACAGCAGUCCAGGGUUGGAUGCCGCCGUCUCCACAAAAGUGCUCUACUUCACCGAUCGCUCCCUCACCCCCUUCCUCAUCAACAUACCCAAAAGGCUAGGUGAGGUGACGCUGCGAGACUUCAAGGCCGCUGUGGACCGACAAGGCAGCUUCAGAUACCACUUCAAAGCUCUUGACCCGGAGUUUGGCACCGUAAAAGAGGAGGUAUUUCAGGAUGGAGCAGUGGUGCCCGGCUGGGAAGGGAAGAUUGUAGCAUGGGUGGAGGAAGACCAUGGGGAGAGGAGGAGAUGGACAGUAAUGGUUGGCCCCAGCACCAGCAACAGCAGCAGCUCAGAGGAAUUACACCUCCGCUCCAUUAACGAACAAAGCCUACUAAUUGCAUCAUAGAGAGGCACAUAUGCGGCAGCAAGUCAGCCACCACAACAAGGCCACAAGACCAUUUUAGGUGUGGAAAAUGGUCAGGCCCUCAAUAUUUCAGGUUUGUUGUGUAUUCGAUUUUGUUUACUGUAUUUCCAUUGUAUCCCACAGGGAGAACUCAGGAGAUACAUUUUAUGUGUGUAGAACACAAGUCAGUUUGUUUGGUAUAACAUACACAUUUCGUGUGAUUUUAACCAUAGUGCUCAUUAUAGAUCAAAAAGGGCUGAAGUUCUUGUGUGUGUCUUUGCCAAAAUACAUGAGAAUACAGUGUAAACCUGAUUUACUGAGCUCCCAAAGAGCAGGCGCUAAAUUGUAUGCUCACUCACUAUCACAGAUUGCAUGCACUCUUGGCAACAGGUGUAAAAGUGGUGGAGGCUGCCAUAUUUAAAAGAGGGGUUUGCUUUUUUGGUAACACUGAUGCAAAUUUUGAGCACCGCAAGCACAAAAUGAAGUUGCAAGCAAUGGCAUUGGAAGUGUUAGUGGAUAAGGCAACCAAACAUAUGACUCCAUGAUAGAAAGGAAAUCUAUUUUUAUUGAAUGUCUCUAUAAACUGGUUAAAAAAACACACACACAAAAACAAUACAAAUACAUGUUUUUGGGGGGUCUUGCAACAUACAAGUUUUAUUCCUGUGCGUGUGUGAAUGUGGUGACCUUUCUCUGCCCUCUCUGAAGCUCAAAACCAAAAUAAAACAGAGCACUUUUUGUAUUAUUAUUUGAAGCUUAAACCUAUCCCAUCCAGAAAGGGCAUGAUAGACCAUACAAAUAAGAAGUCUAUUGGUCUAAUAAUUUUGGAACAUAUUUUGUUUAACUUAGCUCGACUGUGGAGCAAUUGGAUGCAUCUGCGUAACACUGCAUUUAAAACUUGGGACAGCCCCGCUGAAAAACCGCUCAAAUUUUAUAAAUCACAUUGUGUGCACUAAAUGUAUGUCUUUGCAUACACACUUUCCAGAAAAAGGAACGGCGUGGUAAUUUUGCCCCUUUGGCACCUGGGGCCUUAUGUACAAAACGUGCUUACGCACAAAAACGUGGCGUCCGUUCUUUUUCACGGCAAAGGUCAAAUGCAUCAAGAGUGACAUGACCGUGGAAAUGUGCGGUGCCUCACGCCAACUGCAUGGCUGGCGUGCGCACGUUUCUGCAGCUUUUGGUGCUUUGGCGACACGUAGAGGUGAUGAUGGGAAACUGUUCUCAUAAAUCUGCACACCAGACACACGCGAAUAAUUAGCACUGAUAAACAAUUCAUGCCCGGCAACAUUUGAUUUCAACAAUGCCAUUGAGGCAAGGACUCAGAAUUCAUUUGUUAACCGGUGUAUUUAAUGAACCACUGAUAUUUGUGAGGACACCAACUAAUUGAUUAAGGCGAUCAUUUAUGCCGCCUACUGCCCUCACAAUCGCGUCGUGACUCCAGCACAUGCACUGAAAAAAUGUCCUUUGAAUUUACUUCAUUUGAAUAUGUACAUCGGUUGCACAUGAUUAAAAUGUGUUUAAAUUGACAUAAUUGAGUCCUCUUCUCAUAAAAAAAAACAUGAUUUUUUUUUCAGCGUGCGUGUCCUCUCCUGUGUAUUAAAAUAA